AUGGGGAGAAUUAAGAAGGUAGCCAGCCAAAAGCAUGAGGCUACAAUCUCACCUUUUUUGCAAGAAUUCAUAGGUCGUGCUACGAGUCUUCCUAUUUCCGAGCUCCCGUCCCUUUUCAACACAUUCCCGAAGCUAUGGCCAUUCCCGCGCGGUGAUCUCUACCACUGGAUCAAUGUAUUGGACCGGUUCGACGAGAUUCUGGCCUCGGCCGUCGAGAAAUACUUCCUCAACACUGGUCCCCAGACUCAGUCAUUCACUCGGAGUGUUUUGGAGGAUUCAUACUCGGCCGAUGAGAGCAAACAGCCGACAGAGGGAGUUGAUGCCAAGUUGAAUGCUCUGGGAUACGGCCCCGACGGAGACCGAGAGCUUCUGGAAGCAAUUCUGGAAUUCUCACGUCUUUUGCUGGAGAAAUGUGGUAACCGCAGUCUCUACAGCAGCAGCGAUCGCCUGGGUGACUUGUUGAACACAACUUCUUUGUCUCUUCUCCAGUCUACCUUGCGCCUCUCUCUUUGCCUAGCUCAAAGAUAUCACUCCCGCCAGCGUGGCGCUCACCAGCAGUCAGUUUUGCAAUCUCACUAUGCUCUUGACCUUGAAAAGUUGCAGAAGAUCGCCGCACCUUUCCCACGUCCAUUCCUCGCUGGUAAAGCGCAGCCCACCUCUUCUCCUGCCGUUUCCGCCAAGGGCAAGGAGAAGGCCGUUCAAACGAAGAUCAAUGCAAAUGAAUUGGUUUCUCUUGUGCGUGACAGCGAGGGUUGGGAGGAAUGGGCCGAUGUUCGCGUUCUCUAUUAUCCCUCUGGGUCAUCUGAACAGACGAGAACGACAUCCGAAUAUGGUCAGACCGAACAUGGCUCACACAUCCCAACUACACCCACUCCCUUGCGACGGAGUGCAACACAUCCCGCUUCUCAAUUGAGCCGCACCGAUGAUUCACCAGCUGCCCCAGCCACAGGAGGGAAGGCAGAUGAGGCAACUCGUGGGGGCAAGGUCCUAGAACUCACCUACUCAAAGGUCUCUUCUGCGAAGUUGGAGGACCUUCUUGCAGCUAACCUCCCCCACCUGCCCCUUGAGUCAAAAUAUGAACUGCUUCACAAACUCCGAGUUGCUCAGGCAUUGACAGGCUCUCGUGCCACUCGCGAACAGAUUCUAUCCAUCAAGGCGCUGGCUGUGACCAAUCUGGCCCAUGUUCAGCCAGAGAGCUCUUUUCAACAAAAAGUUCUUCAAUAUGAUAUGGAACAACCGAAACGCCUUCAGCUUGCUUACCAGCUGGCCGAACUGGUUCAUCUCGGUGCUAGUGGUGACCUCGAGGUCUCCCGACUUGUACAGACUUUGGCGAUCCAGACACUGGACUCAUUGGCGAAGCACAAGUCUCGCGCCGUCGAUGUCUGUGCAGCUUUGAGUGUCAACGUCAACCACGGUGUCCUCAUGUUCUUGACCCGAAAAAUGGUCAAUGAACUUAGCGCAGAGGGCGAGGACACUGAUGCUGCAUACUAUGACGAAUGGCGUGAUGCUUUGCUUGCACUCCUGCGCACUCUUCCAAGCUCAAGCACACGUACACCAGACACACUGGUUGCAGCUGGUUUGAUCCCCAUGUUUGUCGACAUCCUAAAUCUGCGAAACGAGAAAUCGCGCCGCGUGUAUUCCCGUAUUAUGGAGUUUCUUGAUACCUUCGUGCAUGCCGUCCGGGAUGCCCUGGGAACAUUGACAACCUCCAAGGGCUUUGACGCCAUGUCUGAUCUGAUUGACUACGAAACCAAAACCGCCUUUGAAAAGGUCAACCGUGGCGAGGGAUUCCCUGCUCAGUACAAGAACCCAUCGGUUGAUUAUCAAAUUCCGUACUUCCAACAGCAGACCCUGCGUUGGAUGUUCCGUUUCGUCAACCACAUCAUGCAGCACAAUGGUGGAGGCUUCGAUCGUGUGCUCCGCAACCUGAUCGACUCCCCUCAACUGCUGACUUCUCUCCGCCUUGUGUUCGAAAAUGCGCGCGUCUUCGGUUCGCAUGUAUGGAGUACUGCUGUCAACAUCCUCAGCAGCUUCAUUCACAAUGAGCCCACCAGCUAUGCCGUCAUUGCCGAGGCUGGUCUCAGCAAGAGUCUUCUCGCUGCUGUUAUGGGCCGUGAACUCCAGGUUGACGAAAAGCCUCCUGCCGUGGAGCCCGAGGGUUCCGCAGCGGCAGGCGACUCUGCUUCUCAGCCGCCCACCGCUGAAGCUGCUUCCCAGUCCGAGGAUAAGAAGAAGGACCGCGAAUAUGCUCUUGUCAGGCCGAAGGGUACUCCUCUUGCCCCUGGCAUUAUGUCCGCAGCCGAUGCUCUUGCUUGCAUUCCCUCUGCAUUUGGAGCCAUAUGUCUGAACUCCUCCGGUUUGGACCUUUUCCAGUCUUCCGACGCCCUUGAAAGCUUCUUCGAGAUCUUUGAGAAUCCUGAUCACGUCAAAUGCUUGAAGGACGACCCCGAACUUGUCCGUUCUCUAGGCACAACUUUUGAUGAGCUUGUUCGACACCACCCGGCAUUGAAGACCUCUAUCAUGUCUGCCGUUCUCGUCAUGGCUGCCCGUGUCAAUGUUCUUGGUCGCACUAAGGCCUGGGAGCAGGGAAUGGGAACCAAGAUGUGGACUCAGGAUGCUGAUGGCACCAAGCGCCUUUCCGGAGAUAUCUUCUCGUUGUUCCGCGAAAUCGGCACACCCGCUGAUGCAUCCGUUGAUGACCCUGCAACCUUGGGUGCUCCUCUGCUCAAUUCCCACGACCUCCCCAAUGGCGCCAAGUUGGUCGUUGGUGACCUGAGUCAUGUCCUUCCUUCGCCUGGUCCCGAUUUCGAGCCUCAAGACAAGGAUGAGCAUGGUCUUACUGCCACUGAUUACUUGUUCCCGGCUAUGCGUUUCCUGGGUGCUUUCUUCGAGAACCAGAUUAACUGUACUGCCUUCAUCCAAGCUGGUGGUGCAGAGUUCCUUUUGGAUCUCGCAACCCUCCAAAGCUUGGCGUUCGAUUUCCACAACACCAAUGCUAACCAGGAGAUCACCGUGCUUGUUCACAUGCUUGCGGAGACAAAGCCUCACCUUAUCCUCCCUUCUCUCCUUCGCCGCGCCCAGUCCGCAGUGGAGAAUCUUUCCGCCUUCUGGACUGCACCUAGCGGAUCUGGAUUUUUUACGUCGUUGAUUAAGCCAGCGGACUCAAAGGACCCAGCUCUGGAACCUACCGCCGCUGCUCAGUCUGGAACAUUCUUUGUCAGACAUUUGAAUGCCGUUCUUCUCCUGACUGAUGUCCUUCGUGAGACCUUCGCGUUGCCCUUGUACCAAACCCGACCUGGCCAAAACACUUCCAUCUUCAGCCAAGUCAACCUCGCGGAUCAAUAUUGUAUUCUGAUCAACUCGCUGAGCAACCUUCUUGCUUCUUGCGUGUGGGAAGGCAUUCUGCUGGAAAAGAACAUCCCCGAGAAGUGGCUCAAGGCUACACAGGCCAAUGCUGAUAAGUCCGCCUCUGGGAAGUCCAAGACUACUCCCCAAGAGCCCCCAGCAACCCCUGGUACUGAUUCUCGACCCCAAAGUUCCAGUGCUGCAGAGGCAGGCGCCCCAGCUCAAUCAGGCCAGGAGCCCAAGGAAGACGACACUCCCGUUGACGAGGAAAACGUCAACUUCAAGAAUGCUCGCACACUUCGCUACCUACUCAGUGCUUUGCCCGCUUCAAUCACAGGAUUCUUGCACAACCUCGGACUUGGCCUUAUCGGCAAGCGCCGCAUGGAUCCUCUCCAGAAGCAGAGACAGAAUGGUACCUUGGUUGCGGAGGCCAUCGCUGAGGGUGUUCUUCGUCAGUUAGAGUUUGAGCCUGCGAACUCCAGUGACAGCCCCAAGCAUCGUUUCGCCUAUCUGAUUGUCGUCCUGUCCCACUUCUCUCAUCUUCUUUACGAAAUUCCCACAGAGCGUCCCAGCUCAAACUACUUGACAUCGGUCCUAAUUGCCUUCAAAAAGAACAACGGUCUCAAAGUGUUGAAAGACAUUUGUGACGUUUUCCUGAACGACAUCAAGUCCCUUCCCUCUCCCGAAUCCAUUCCCGACGAGGACAAAGAGCUUGCUAACCGGCUUGCAUCGGGAUAUGGUGGAAUCAAGAUUAUUCUUGGGCUUUUCGCGGACCUGACUACUGGAAAGUACAUUGUGGACUCUAGCCAGACACAAGCCUUGACCAGUCACCCCGAGCGCGACCGUGACCGCCCUGAAUACUUCCAACCAGGUCAAUUCCUGAUUGAGCUUCGUAUGGAAAUUUUGCCCUUGGCUCAGGAUAUGUGGAAUUCGGACUUUGCUACCCAGUCGUCGAGUCCUAUCGUCAGAUUGUUGAUUGACAUUCUGCGGGCAUCUUUGGAUGGUGAAUACGAAGUCAAUGUCAUGAAAAGAUCAGAGGUGCGGCCUGUUUUGGCAGAGGCACCCAGGAAGCCUUUCGUUGUCCACAAAGACCGAGCACACACCCUGGUCGAGAAAGGAUUCAAGGAUGUUGACCUCAACAAAGAAGCCCUCUAUCGUUGCAACAAUGUCUUGAAUGCGGCCGAAGAAUACUGCAAGGCACAGAGCUGGAUCCGAAACCCUCCUAGGGUUCAUCCGAACCCCAAUGAUAUCCAAACUGGUACGCCUGAGGUCGCUCCUGGUGUUGACCCCCUUGAGGAUCCUGGCCUUGGAGAUGGGAUCUCGCCUUUCGCCGGCGGCGACCUGUCUCGCUCUGCUCUGACCAUGCUUCUGGCCCAAGCGACCGGUGGGCCAUUGCCCGAGUCGAUGCGCCGCAUUGAUGGAAUGGUGACUGGAAGAGAUGCGGAUGCUGACCGGCCAGCUGGAAGCAUUGGCAGAAUCCUCGAUGGAAAUGACAUGGAAAGUGAAGAUCGCGCCGGGUCAUCGAACCAGAGUGCACCCGAGACUCGCCCUACCGAGGGAAACUCCUCAGAAGAACAACCAGCAGUCCAACACCGCCAGGUCAUCACCAUCGAAGAUCUUGAAGAUGAGAGGGAGAAAAUUCGGUCCAAUCUUAUUGAGCGGGCCCUGGACAUCCUCAACGAACAUCAUGAUGUCUCCUUCGAGUUGUCUGAUCUGAUCUCGUCAGCCAUCAGAAAGCACCCAGAGCCUGAGAGUUUCCGCCGAGACAUUGGAGAGACCCUUGUGCAAUCCUUGGUUUCCCUGCAGAUGGAGAACUUCCAGACAGCUGGCAAAAAGAUUGCCGCCUAUGCCCACAUCCUAGCUUUAACUCUUCAAGAUCGUGAGAUGUACACCGCAACUCUCGAAGAGCUUAAGGAUUGCUUCUCGACUUUCCUCGGAUUCAUCAAACUCCCAACACCCGAGAAGGCCGACCAGGAAUCAUUCCCUUGGGUUGGACAUGUUCUGCUCAUCCUUGAGAAGCUGCUGUCUGAUGACUGCCAGCCACCCCAGAUCUCCUGGACCCAACCAACAAGCGUGGACGAUCUCGUUGGCAACGAUGAGCCCGCCAAACUCGAAGAGCCCCUUGUGUCAGCCGAUGAAAAGACCCAGCUCUUUGAAGCUCUUGUUGAGAUCCUACCCCGAGUGGGCAAGGAUGACACACUGGCCCUGUCUAUUUGCCGUGUUCUUGUCAUUCUUACUCGUCAGCGUAGCAUCGCUGCCCGCUUUGGCGAGAAGCGUAACCUCCAACGCCUCUUUGUCAUGGUCAAGCAGCUUUCAAGUGCUACCAACGACAAGCUGCAAAGCGCGUUCAUGCUGAUCCUCCGCCACAUUGUUGAAGAUGAAGCUACCAUUCGCCAGAUCAUGCGGAGUGAGAUUGUUGCCAACUUUGAGUCCAAGACUUCACGCCAGGUUGACACUACUGGAUACGUGCGCCAGAUGUAUCACCUUGUGCUAAGAGCUCCUGAUAUAUUUGUGGAGGUGACCAAUGAGAAGCUGCGGUUGCUACGCUUCGACCCUCAUUCUCGCCCGCAAGUUCUUGGACUCAAGGCCGACAAAGAACGUCAAGAUCGCGUGCGUCAAGCCAAGAAGCCGGAAGAGAACAAGCCCGAGUCAUCUGAGACAGGUGAGGCCGCUUCUACCGAGGACAAGGACACUGAGAAGGACAAGAGCAAGACCCCAGCCAAGAGUACAGAGAUGAAGGCGCCUGUUGUGGAGAACCCAGACGGUGUCAUUCACUACCUGCUGUCCGAGCUCUUGUCCUACAAGGACGUGGAUGACAAGGAGUCUGCCCUUGAAUACUCGGAGCAGCCCGCUGACCAGCAGUCCGACACUCAAACCGACGUUGAGAUGGCUGGAGAUGAACCCACCCCCUCCGUUUCUAGCACCGCUGAAGCACAACCCACUCGCGGCUCGAAGAAGGGAGAGAAGCCCCAAUUCAAGGCAGAUGAACACCCGAUCUACAUUUACCGCUGUCUGCUCCUUCAGUGUCUCACUGAGCUUCUCUCUUCCUACAAUCGGACCAAGGUUGAGUUCAUCAACUUCUCUCGCAAAGCCGAUCCUUUGGCCACUACACCUUCCAAGCCCCGGUCUGGCAUUCUCAACUACUUGCUGAACGCUCUUGUUCCUCUUGGUACCAUGGAACAUGAUGAAACCUUGACAUUCAAGAAGCGCAGCAUCACAUCUACAUGGACUAUGCAGGUACUCGUUGCUCUUUGCACCAAGACUGGUGAGUUUGGUGGUGUUGGCCGACGCCGCACUGAGCCCAAGUAUGAAGAAGACGAGCCGGAGCUUGCUUUUGUCCGCCGCUUUGUGCUGGAGCAUGCUCUCCGGUCCUACAAGGACGCAAUGGCUUCAACUGAGCCCCUGGACGCCAAGUACUCCAAGCUCAUGUCUCUCGCCGACCUCUUUGAUAAGAUGCUCAGUGGCUACUCUUUCACCAACGAUGCAGGCUUCCCAACCUCCACCAGACAGCUUGCAAAGACUAUGUUCGAGAAACACUUCAUCCCCGCCCUUACUGCUUCGGUUGCCGAUGUUGACUUGAACUUCCCGUCAUCAAAGCGUGUCAUCAAGUAUAUUCUUCGUCCAUUGAACAAGCUUACUCAAACUGCCGUUCUUCUGAGCGAGAAUUCCGAUAUCUCUUCUUCCCUUGGCGAAACUGAGGACGAUGAGAUCUCUUCGGCAACCUCCGUUUCUGACAUGGAAGAUGAACGUGAGGAAACCCCCGAUCUUUUCCGCCACUCCACUCUCGGUAUGCUAGAGCCUCGCCACGAGGAAGAGACCAGCAGCGAGGAGUCCGAGGGAGAAGACGAGGACAUGUACGAAGACGAAUAUGAAGAGGAGAUGGACUACGAUGAAGACAUGCCCGAGGAUGAUGGCGAAGUCGUCAGUGACGAAGACGACGAUGGCGUUGGUCCAAUCGAAGGCCUCUCUGGUGAUGCGGUUGAAGUCAUUCUCGACGAAGAUGAUGAUGAUGAGGAUGACGACGAUGAAGACGACGACCACUCGGACAUGGAUGACGACAUGUACGCUGAUGAAAUCCCUGGAGACCGCGACAAUGAAAGUCUCGAAGACGGAGAGGAAGAUGAAUGGGAGAGCGAGGAGAUGACUGAAGACGAAGAAGAGGUUGAAAUGAUGAACCAGUACGAGGAUGAGAUGGCCGAUAUGAGACAAAACCGUGGUCACGGUGAUGAACACCGCAUUGGCGACCUCUUCCGCGCCCUCAACGAGGCUGCUGGAGGCGUUGAUGACCUCCACGGAGACGGUCUCGGCGGUGACAUUCACGAAGAAAUUCUCGAUGACCUCGACGAAGAUGGUGCGCCACCCCUUCCUAAUACAGGACCCCCUAUUGUAGAAUCCCUAUCUGCAGGAUUCCCAAAUGCAGGACCUCCCAUAGCCUCCGCUACAGCCGUCACUGCAUUGAAUUCUGCAGUCAUCCCUGCUCUACACCAACUUUCAACACUGUUGCUGACCACCCAUCUAGUUGAGGAUGAAGACGAAAUGGACGAAAUUGAAGAAGACAUCGACGGUUUCGACGGUGAGGAAGGAUCCUACGGUGAUAUGGAAGGUAACGCAGCAUGGCUCAGACUCUUCCCGGAUACUUUGCUAAAUUCCUUCGCAGACGACGAUCUUCUUGAGCCAUGGGGAUGGGAAGGCGAUGAGCCUCCUAUGCCUCGGGCAGGACACCACCACCAUCGUUUCCGUGGCGGUGCACCCCCAGCCUGGGCUGCUGUUACUGAAAUCAUGCCCGGCCGCGGCUCCGGCCUCGUCCCUAUCCAGCCUUACCAGCGUGUCCACCGAACCCAGAUGCCCUCGCGUGGUGACAAUGACGGAACUAACCCCCUACUUGUUCGAACUGAUCGCCCAGAAACCGCCGUUCCAUCCCGUGGACCCAAUGCUGACCCCUUCGGUGAUUGGGGCCAGUCCAUGGAUCAAGCUGGUGGCCGAGUUGUUGCAAUGGACAGCCCCAUCAGUUUCAUGAACGCCAUCAUGCAGGCUAUCGGCGGACAAGCCGCUCCUGGUUUCGGUGUGGUUACUCGUCCAGACGGUAUCCAUGUCCAUGUUGACAGGCGUGCAGUCCUACCCGGCCGCAUUCAAGACAUGCUUGGAAUUCCACGCGGAUCAGGCCCUCCAGCUCGCACUCGUGGCGACGACCCCCACACUGCCGUCAAGUUUGGUCUUGGUACCACCCGAACCCGCUGGCAAGAGGAGGCUCGCAUUCUCUUCAGCAGCCAGUAUGUUGAGAGAACUCAGCGUAUCGUCAACUCCAUCAUGAAGUCCCUCGUUCCUGCUUCAAUGGUUGAGGAAAAGAUCCGCAACAAGCAGAUGGAAGAGGAGCGCAAACGCAUUCUGGAAGAGCGCGCCCAGAAAGAUCGCGAAGAGCGCGAAGCCAAGCGAAAGUUCGAGGAAGAAAAUGCUCGCCUCGAAGCCGAGAGGCAACAACAGGAAGCUGAGCGUCAAGCUGAACGCCAAGCCGCUCAAGUCGAUGAGCCCAUGGAGGAUGUCCAGCCAACUGAUCCUCCUGCUGAGGCCGCCCCAACUGCUCCCGCUGACGCCCAGCCCGAAGCCCAGCCGGCCGAGCCUGCUCCUCGGGUUCACACCAACAUUAGAGGCCGCCAGCUCGAUAUCACCGGUCUCGAAAUUGACCCCGAGUAUUUGGAGGCUCUGCCCGAGGAACUCCGCGAGGAGGUCAUUAUGCAGCAACUUGCCGAACAGCGAUCCCAAGCUGCCGCCGCUGGUGAGGAGCCUACUGAAAUCAAUCAAGAAUUCCUGGAGGCUUUGCCUGCGGAGAUCCGUGAGGAACUUCUGCAGCAAGAAGCUGCCGAUCGUCGCCGACGUGAACGUGAUGCUGCCCGCCGACAGGCCCAGUCUGCUGGUGCUGGUGCUGGUGGUGCAGCUCCUCCUCCUGCUCACGCCGAAGACAUGGACGCUGCUAGUUUCCUUGCUACCCUCGAUCCUUCAUUGCGCCAGGCCGUCCUUGCCGAUCAGCCAGAGGAUGUUCUUGCAACUCUGGGUCCUGAGUACUUGACCGAGGCUCGCGCUAUGGGUGGCGGUGGCCGACGCAUGGCCCAGUUCGGUGACAUGAGCGCCGUCGACCGACAGAGAAAUGAGCCUUCCGGAGACCAGGAGCCAAAGAAACAGCAGAGACGUCAAAUUGUUCAGAUGCUCGACAAGGCUGGUGUUGCAACCCUCCUUCGACUGAUGUUCAUGCCUCUCCAUGGUAAUGCUCGCCAUCAAUUGAACGACAUUCUUCACAAUGUUUGUGAGAACCGCCAGAACCGCAGUGAGGUUAUCAGCCUUCUUCUGUCGGUUUUGCAGGAUGGCAGUGUUGAUUCUACCGCCAUUGAACGCAGCUUCUCUCACCUUUCCCUGCGUGCAAAGGCACCAGGAGCACCAAAGACACCCCAGGCUGUCAAGCGGAACAUGGCUAUUCAGACUUCUUCCAGUGUUAGCAGUGAUGUGACCCCGAUCAUGGUCAUCCAACAAUGUCUUGGAACACUCUCGUUCCUGUCGCAGUUCAACCCUCACAUUGCUUGGUUCUUCUUGACUGAGCAUGACUCCGCCUCAUCUGCUAAGCUGAAGGCAUUCCGCAAGGGCAAGGGCAAGGAGAACAGAGCUAACAAGUUCGCCCUGAAUGCUCUGCUCUCUCUCUUGGAUCGCAAGUUGAUCAUGGAAAGCCCUAACUGCAUGGAGCAACUGUCUAGUCUUCUUAGCAGUAUCACUCAGCCACUUACUGUCCUCCUUCGCCGCGAGAAGGAGCGUCAAGAAGAGAAGGGCAAGAAGCCUGAGGAGGCGCCGGUCGAAGGUUCUAUUGAAGAGCCUGCUCAAGUUGAUGACUCUGGCAUGGAUACAUCUAUGACCGAUGCCCCCCUGCCCACCGUGGAGACCACUGAGAUCACUGGCCAGGAGACUACCGAGGGCGGAGAAGAUGAAGACAAGAAGCCCGCCGAGGAUGAGAAGCGCAAGAAGCGUUCCAUUGAGCCUCCUGUCGUUCCUGACCACAACUUCCGUCUGGUUGUUCACAUUCUUGCUGCUCGCGAAUGCAACGGCAAGACGUUCCGCGAUACCCUUUCUACCAUCAACAACCUUUCUGCUGUUCCCGGAGCUCGUGAUGUGAUCGGCAAUGAACUGGUCGCUCAAGCACAGGCUCUCAGUGAUACCAUCUUGGGUGAUCUGGAAGAUCUCCUCCCUCACAUUCACCAGGCCAAGACUGGCACCGACAUGCAAGGUCUGGCUCUGGCCAAGUUCUCGCCCGCUAGUUCAGACCAGGCGAAGCUUUUGCGUAUUCUGACGGCUCUCGACUAUCUAUUUGAUCCCACUCGAGUCGAUAAGUCCAAGGGUACUGAGCCCGAGUCUGCUCCCAAGGAGGAUGUGCUCAAGAGACUUUACGAGAGCGCAACCUUUGGCCCCCUGUGGACUAAGCUCAGUGACUGCUUGACUGUCAUCCGGCAAAAGGAGAACAUGCUGAAUGUGGCUACUAUUCUCCUACCUCUCAUCGAAGCACUGAUGGUUGUCUGCAAGAACACUACACUUAAAGAUCAGCCCCUGUCUCGCGGCAGUCGUGAACUGUCUGUGAACAGCGCGCCGGCCGACAAUGGCCUCAGCAUGGAGAACCUCUUCUUCAAGUUCACCGAGGAGCACCGCAAGAUCCUCAAUGAGCUUGUCCGCCAGAAUCCUCGUCUGAUGAGCGGCACAUUCUCUUUGCUGGUCAAGAACCCCAAGGUUCUGGAAUUCGACAACAAGCGCAACUACUUCACCCGUCGUGUCCACUCCCGUGGUGCCGAGCCUCGUCACCCUCAUCCUCCUCUCCAGCUUUCCGUACGGAGAGACCAAGUCUUCCUCGACUCUUUCAAGUCCUUGUACUUCAAGAGCGCGGAUGAGCUGAAGUAUGGCAAAUUGAAUGUGCGAUUCCACGGCGAGGAAGGUGUCGAUGCUGGUGGUGUUACCAGAGAAUGGUUCCAGGUUCUUGCCCGUGGCAUGUUCAAUCCUAACUACGCUUUGUUUAUUCCCGUUGCUUCCGACCGAACCACAUUCCACCCCAACCGUCUCAGUGGCGUCAACUCUGAACAUCUCAUGUUCUUCAAGUUUAUUGGACGCAUCAUCGGUAAGGCCUUGUACGAAGGCCGUGUUCUCGACUGUCACUUCAGCCGAGCUGUCUAUAAGAACAUCCUUUCUCGAUCUGUGUCCAUCAAGGACAUGGAGACUCUCGACCUGGACUACUACAAGUCACUCCUCUGGAUGCUGGAGAAUGACAUUACCGAUAUCAUCACCGAGACUUUCGCCAUUGAAACCGAUGACUUUGGUGAGAAGCAAGUUAUUGAUCUGAUCCCCGGUGGUCGCGAUAUCCCUGUCACCCAGGAGAACAAGGAGCAAUAUGUCCAGCGCGUCGUUGAGUACCGUCUGGUGGAGUCUGUCCGCGAACAGCUAGACAACUUCCUGAAAGGCUUCCAUGAGAUUAUCCCCCGAGACCUGAUCUCCAUCUUCAACGAACAGGAGCUGGAACUUCUGAUUUCCGGUCUUCCUGAGAUCGACGUUGACGAGUGGAAGAACAACACCGAGUACCACAACUAUUCCGCCUCGUCGUCGCAGAUCCAAUGGUUCUGGCGUGCCGUUCGCUCAUUCGACAAGGAAGAGCGUGCCAAGCUUCUCCAGUUCGUCACUGGAACCAGUAAGGUUCCUCUCAAUGGUUUCAAGGAGCUUGAGGGUAUGAACGGUGUGAGCAAGUUUAACAUUCACCGCGACUAUGGCAACAAGGAUCGCCUUCCCAGCUCGCACACAUGCUUUAACCAACUAGAUCUUCCUGAAUAUGAAAGCUACGAGGAUCUACGCCAACGUCUCUAUACGGCCAUGACUGCCGGAAGCGAGUACUUCGGAUUUGCAUAA